ACAAAUAAAAAUACUAUUAUAAUAAAAUAAAAAAACAUUAAAAAUAAUAUACUAAAGAUGCUUGAAUUCAAUAAAAAUAUAUGGAUAGAAUGUAAUACUAUUUUUUAUUCUGAACCAUAAUAAGAAUCUAAUAUAUAUCUGAUAACAGAAAAUAAAAAAAAAAAUUUGAAGGAAAAUUAAUACUUUACGAAAACAAACUUGUAUUAAAUAACUUUUAAAAAAAUGUUGCAUUAGUAAGUUGUGAUUUAAAUUUGACUUAUGAAAUGAAAGAUAAUUCAUUAAUAAUUUAUAAAAAUAGAGAAAAAGAAGUAAUUUGUUUUUAAGAAUCAAAAAGUGAUGAUUUGAUUAAUUGGAUAAAUUUAUUAUAAAAUUAUAUUCUUUGUUUAAAUUAUAAAGACUUUUAUGAAUAGAAAUCUAUUAUAGGAAAAGGAAACUUUUCAAUAGUUAUAUUGGCAUAAAAGAAACAUGAUAAUUAAAUAUAUGCUGUAAAAUAAAUUAUUAAGAAUAGCAUAAUGUAAGAACCUAAUGGAAAAGAAGAAUUAUUAAAUGAAAUAAACGUUUUAAAAACAAUUAAUCAUAAUAACCUUCUAAAUGUGAAAGAAUUUUAUGAAUCAGACAAAUAUUAUCAUUUUGUGUCUGAAUAUUACAGUGGAGGAUCUAUAGAAAAUAUAAUUUACAACUCUAAUUAUAAUUAAACCAAAUAAAUAAUAAAAUAAAUUCUAUCAGGUUUAGAUUAUUUACAUUCAUUUGGUAUCAUGCAUAGAGAUUUGAAACCUGAUAAUAUAAUGUUUAAGCAAAAGGAUAGUUUAGAACUAGCAAUAGUAGAUUUCGGAUUAUCGUAGAUUAUUGAUUAAAAAUGUUAUAAUUAAAAAUGUGGAACACCAGGUUAUGUAGCUCCUGAAGUUAUUAACUUUGAUACAAAGAGUUAAUAAUUAUAUGGAGUAUAAUGUGAUAUAUUUUCUAUCGGGAUAAUAUUUUAUAAAUUAUUAACUUAAAAAAAACUCUUUUAAGGAAAAACCCAUUAAGAAAUUCUUGAAAGUAAUAAAAAAUGUGAUUUUGCUUAAUAAUUAUAAGAACUAAGUGAGAAUACUACAAAGACAGCAUAUAACUUGUUAAAAAGUAUGCUUGAAAUAAAUCCAAACUAAAGGAUAUGUGCAAAAUAAGCUUUAAAUAGUCCUUUUUUUACUGAGCCUGAAGAUGCAUAUGAAAUAUUUAAAAUCAUAAUAAUAAAAGAAUUAUUUGAAAUCACAUAAACUUAGUUUUCUAAAGUCAACGAAUAAUAGCCCUAUAUAGAAUAAUUCUACACCUUAACGCACUAGAGAAAACAGAAAAAGUUUAUAAAAAAGUAAAAGUAAAAAAUAAUGUAAGAAGAAGAAGAAAAUUAAUAAAACAUCCAAGAAGAAUAACCAACAUAAAAUCCAAUAAUUUACCAAGCAAACCUAUUACAAUAAAAAGAAUUAAAAAAUCGUUAACCAUUUUAAAAAUAAAAUAUCAAAGUAAUUAAAUCAGAAGAUGUAGACCGGUAAGACCUAAACGUAUUAGAUUUCCAAGGAAUAAAAUGGUCCGUAACAAUAGGUUAAACAAGAGAAAACUGGUUAUUAUAAAGGGAAACAUAAUUUAACCCUCACCGAUAGCACGAUUAGCCUUUAUAAAAGUAUCCUAAGAGAAACUAAGUUAAUAAAGAAGAAUAUUUUUUAUAUAAGAAAUUUUAUAAAGGCUUAAAGCCAAAAUAUAAUCAUUAUUAGCUUCGUCAUUGCUUAUAAGCAACUUCUUAUCAUGACUUUACAUAUUUUAAUAGAGGAGGAAUUACUCAUUGUUGCACAUUAAAAGAAAGCUUAAAAGAUUUUCACUUUGUAGACGGAUUAUCGCCUUGUUGUUUUGAUAUUAAUACCAAUAAAAAUAUUAUUGCAUUAGGAGGAUUAAAUGGCGGCCUAUUUUUAUAAUGUUUAAAAAGUUUAAAAAGUACCUAUAUGCAUAAUGUUACUAGAAAUUAUGCACAAGAAGAUAAAGGAGAUAUUAUUAAUUACAUUAAAUUGUUCUAAGAAGGAAAUAAUCUGUAUAUUUUAACCUGCUAAAAUGAUAAACUAAUUAGUAUUUUUGAUGUUGAAAAUAUAAGAAAAUAAAUUGAUUAUUUAGACGCUGGCGAACUUGUUAAUAUUGCGAAAUUUAAACCUGAUAAUAGAAAUAUUAUUGCUAUGUUUUGUGAUAAAAAUGAAGCUGAAAUAGCUGAUUUUCGUUAAAAAUAAAUCGUUUAGAUAUUAGUGGGACAUUAAGAUUAUGGAUUAACUUUAGAUUGGAAAUAAGAUGGAGUAUAUUUAGCUACUGGAAAUCAAGAUCUUACUGUAAGGGUUUGGGAUAUUAGGAAAAGUAAUAAAUCAGUUCAUGUCCUUUAAGCGAAUGUUGGUAAUACUUUCGAAGUAUAAUAUAUAGGAAAUGAGUAAUUUUUGGCUUUUAUAGAAAGCAUUAAUUAUGUACAUUUUUAUGAUAUUUAAAGCGAUUAUUAAAACUAUUAAUCAUUUGAUUUAAUUGGAGAAAUGGUAGGAAUAGAUUCUAUUGAAGAUAAAGUUUUUGUAGCAGUAAAUGCUAGUGAUUAUUCUGGUGUAGUUGAAUUUGAGAGGAAAAAAAAUAAAUUAAUAUAUGAAGAUAUUUUUUUUUGA